GCUUUGUCGGUUGUCGGGUCAUUUGCUCUCAUCCUCAGUCAGGCUGAAUUUUCCUCCGCGUCAGGAUCUCCAAAAUUUUAGUAGUAAAUUAAAUCCUCAAUUUUCAAUUAACUGAAAUUAACUUAACUAUAAUUGAAGUUGAUGGAAUUGGUGUGAAAACAAGAUAUCUAUUACAUGCAUACUCAAAUGGAUAGAAAAAGAAAGGCGGUGGGACUUGGCCCACCACCACCACCUGCAACGGGGGGGCCUUCGAAAACAAACGACACUGUAACCCCUACCCCUAAGGCUGCGCCAGUAAAACAGAGCCUAGGACGAACUCCUCAGCCCACCGUCAAGGGCAGCCUCACCCCCUCCACAACAACACCACUACGAGGAAUAAGGGCCUCGACUUCAAAUCCGAAACAGCCAAUUUCGUCAACUCCGGUCACCACUACUACUACCACCACGAACAGGACUCGUGGCAUCAAACCUGUUCCUACGAUGGGUAAAAAGCCCGUGGUGGGGAGUAGGCCCACAGUUAGGUCCAAAUUACUCGACCAACCGACCUCUUCCGCACCCAUGCCGACUAACGAGGAUAUUUCGAAACUGCGUGAACUCCUCGCUCUCCAAAAUGAUAUUGUUAGCUACAAGGAGACGUUGGCAGAGCGAAAUGUAAAAUUAGGAGAGCAACAGGUGAAACUCCACAGUCAAGAUGAUAUUAUCAAAAACCUCCAGGCGGACCAAGUCAAAUCCAACAUGGAAUUGAGCGAUUUAAAGAAUGAGAUUUCGUCAAUGAAUAAACUUCUCAACGACGAAGUGUUGACAAGGAUUAAACUUCAGUCGGAAGCUCGUCGAAGAGAAGACCUCGAGCAUGAACAGGUUUUGAAGUUAUCCCAGUUAGAAGCUGAGGCUGCUCUGAAAGAGGAGGAAAUUAAGAAGAAGAAGGACGUCAUCCGGGAGCAAGAGGAGUGUAUCAGCCUGUUAAAGAAGUUGGCAUGCGCCAAUAGUUCUACGAGUAAAGUGUUUGAUGACAAAGUUCUGAACUUAUCAAACAAUUCGAAGAAAUGUCGUCUGUCAAUCUCCACAAUGCAAACAAACCUGUCAAAAAAUUUUGAUGAGGUUGAACGUCGCUUUAACGAGACAACAUCCUCCCUCCGCUCCGAGUUGGACGAAGUCGUCAAGAAGAAUCUUGACCUCACGGAAGCUAUCACAGCGAAGGACAUCGCCCUUCAACAGCUCCAAGGACGACUGGAAGAGUCGCGACAGGCAAUUGAGGAAAAGGUUGACACUGAUGCUAAAAGUAAGAGCUCACAGGACUCGUUGCACUGCGAAGUAGUCACUUUGACAAAGAAGAUUGGCGAGUUGGAGGCUGAGCUGGAACACGAAAGGCUCUCGUCUUUGCAAGUAGAUUUGCUGGAGGGACAGCUCAUGCAAAUGACACGGAUGAAUCGAAAUUUAACGGCGAAAGUGGAGAGCUUAGAAGAAACUUCGGCUGAAUUUCAAAGCUGGAUGCAAGAGAAAGAAAAAUAUUGCGAUGAGAUGGAAAGAAAAGUAUUAGCACAACACAAAACGAUCGUCCAAGUUGACAAGGAAGUACAAUGCGCCUUGGAUACUCAACUAACAAAGAGUAUGGAUAACGACGUCCCUUGCUCAUCAGAUCUUAUGGAACCAGUUGUUCAACUAGAAGCCCAGUUGGCUGACGCUGUGAAGUCCUUGACCCUCAAGGAAGAACAAUUCAUUGGUCUCGAAAAAGACUUCAGCAUCACCAAGGCUGAUCUUCACUUAGCCCACUGCGAGAAUAUAGAAGUCACCGAGAAGAAUUCUCAGCUUAUUCAGGAAAAUGCCGUGUACUCCAAGGAGAUCGAAGUAUACAAGAGAUACGCUCAAAUUUAUCAGGAUUCAAAAUCAGAAAUUGUCGAACUUAAGGAGACGCUUGCCAAAAAGGAGGAACAACUCGUCUCUCUGACAAAAAACGUAAACGAAGAGAUGGAGAAGGUGCGAUUGUCAGAAAUUCAGCAUAAUCAAUUGACAGAAGUGUGCAAUGGCAAAGCUAAGUGCUUGGAAAUUGAAGUAAAGCGACUGGAGGAACAGCUAAGACAAACGACAAAUGUGUUGGAGGAGAAGGCCUGUAAAGUCGAAAGUCAACGAUUGAGCUUGGCACUAUUACGAGAAGCUACUACAAUUCAGGAAGAACAACUCAAGAAAUUCGAAGAUUCAUAUUCUGCACAAAUCACGGAACUGGAGCAACUUGAAGCCGAUAAGAAGUCACUUCGCUUGGAAGUGCUUACUUUGCAAGAGGAUUUAUCUCGAGUGAAUUCCAUGCUGGAAGAGAGCAAAAGCAGGGAGACUAUUUUGGAAGGUCGUAUUAAAAAUGGACAUUUGGCUCGUUUUACGUUCGAGACUACAGCACAUAAGGAGAUUAAAGCCCUCGAGAAGAAUGUAGAAGAUCUCAGUUUGGCCAAGGCAGAGAUCUCGCAAACCCUUCGUCGCGUUCAGAAGGAGUUGGACAAGGCCAAUUUGGCCAGUGAGAGCUCACAGCGUCUGGUUGAGGCUUUAGAGAAAGACAAUGACACCUGCACUGAUGAAAUAGUCGAGUUGUCACGAAGGAAUACUGAGCUCUCGAAAGAGAUUGGAGUGCUUCGCGAAGAAAUCGGUGAAAUUAUUGAACGAUCAGACGAUUUUAAGAAUCGCUACGAAGCCCUUACUUCACGCCAAGUCAACCAAGAAUCGAUGGACCUCGAGGUUUUCGAGGAGAAUUUGAAACUAAAAGUAACAAUCCGACAGCAGUCAAAAUUAAUUGACUUCUUGCAAGUCAAAAAUCAACAUUUGUUGAAAAAGAAGGAGAAAAAGUUCCAGCUGUUUGGAAAGGGGUCGAUGAAUCGUGGGGACGAGAAUGUGAGUCCGCCACCACAGUGCACCAGCCGUGAAGAUCUCAAGGCGUGGUCGGCGAGGUACAGGGAAGCGAAGCCCACCCCCACACUGACUCCUGUCAACCUCAUCCGUGAACAUUUCCACGUUCAAGAGCUCGAAAAAACGAGAGAUUCUCUUCGCACGAAAUUGGCCAGUUUGCAAGAAGGGGACGCCGGAAAGUGUCAAGCCUCAUCGCUUACAAAUAUUUCUCCCAAGAAGGAGGACUGCCUUCUUCUAAAAACCAAGGAGGGUACCAAUUAGUUUAUGUCAAUGCCAUGUAACAAAGUCUAAAUUUUAGUGAUCUCGCUUAUCUCAAUUAUGUAAACCCGCCCAUCUAUCCACAUUUUACUUUUGUUACCGUUUUACUUGGUAGAUAUUUUAUCUAUUUAUUAUGCUGCAACUAUCCACAGAAUGUGUUCAAAUAAAGUAUGUUCGAAUCUGUAUGUAAGUUAGGAUGCCAAAUAUUUAUAAGCAACCUUUGUAAAUCUGGCAGGCAGAUUCAGCCUAGUUCCUAUGUAAGUACUUAAUGAACUUCAAUCAAUCCUCAUCUGUAAUUCUCUAGUUUAUGCACAUCUCAAAAUACCGUGAACAAGGUUCAAACAUUUUAGUAAAGUAUUUAUUAUUUUUGUACGUUCAUGUUGUAGAGCAAUAUCAAUCCAUAAUUAGUUUUUACUUAACUUUUACAAAUAUUAAUGUAUAUUGCCAUUUUCACUGUUACAAAUAAAGCUGAAUCACGGAGAGAGAAACGAGUCAUACAACAUUACAUAUUUUGAUACUUCUUACAUUUACUACUUUACUAUAUAUUUGUUUUAUUAUAACAAAAUAAAUAAAACGAUUGUUUCUCCAGA